CUUGAUACUGGGUUGCUUGUUCGGUAUCAUGAUACUGGGUGCCCUCGGCGGUAUCUGUGAGGUCAUGCUGAGCGGUAAAAUCAAGCAGAGCAACGCUGAAGCCGAGGCCAAGUUGGAAGGACUCGGAAGUCGGGGCAUUGCUGGUGAGGGUGAGGGUGGGAAACUAGAGGCCGGUGAGGCCGGGGUCAUAGAUGAGGACCGUUACUCAUGGCAGCCGGAGAGGAUGACUACUGGCCUAAGCGACGACUCCACGCUGGCUGGGUCAGAUCCCGGGGCCUCUCACUCGGAUAUCCCUCGCGGUGAAGGAGACUAUUACGGAGACUCUGAAGCCGCUCAGCAGACAGGCGAACAGUACUCGGCAUGGAACGGCGAAAGCCUGCCUCAUCCGGACUCCUCACAAUUUGUCAUAGACGACGUGGACAGCCCCGGCUAUGAGAACCACCAUGAUGAUUCUCAGAACUACGAGGCUUACCCAGGGCACCUGAGAAAAGACGCGGAGGACCAAGACUGGAACCAAGGCGGGGAUGGAACAUUCUACCCUGACUCUUCUGAGGCCGGGUAUGUGGUUGCAGCUUCCGAUGGACACAUAGAACAGUCGACCAUGCCUCCGCCCGGGGAUUAUUCAGGCGAGGGUUAUAGCCCAGCCGUCAUGCCCGACUCGGCCGACUACCUCAAUGAAUAUCGGCAAAGCCAGCUGUACCUGCAGCAGGAUGACGAUUGGUAUACCGUAGCAAAUGCUUAG